CUAAACAUAAGCCUUACCGCGGGUCAACGGAGUGUUGAUAAAACAACUUGAAUAAAUUAUGCGGUCUCCAGCGCUGUUUCUUGGAAUAGUUUUCUUCUUCCUGUCGGAGAACAUCGUGAAAGCAAAGAAUUUGGGAUGUUUCAGUGAAUGUGAACAUGGGUUCAGCAAGAUUCACAACAAGCUACUUCAGGCUUAUCAUGCACACAGACACAUGCGUCUUCAGCCCGUUCAUCAUACUGCGAACUCCUGUGGGGAUUACGUUCGGUCUUCUUCAGACCUUAAAGAUCGCUCACUGUCCCCCUGGCGGAAAAGAACUGUGGAAGUUCAAGACAUGUUCCCAUCAAAAUACGAAGAAGCAGAGUGUUUGUGCGAUGGCUGCAUCAUUAACGGGGUUGAAAAUAGGACCUACAACUCCGUGCCUGUGUACGAAACUCGUUUAUUCCUCAAGAAGGUUCCUUGCCCGUCUGACCCGAAAAAAUACUCUUUAAAGUAUGAACUUGUGUCGGUGGCUGUAGGCUGUACCUGUGCAGUUCCUCUCCAAUAAGAGAGCAUCAUACUAUACAGACCAAAACUGUAGAGACGUGUCUCAUGUACCAUGUCGUGUUUGUUUUAAAAUGCAAUUUUUGAUAAGGUACUUACAUUGUUUGAUAUGCUUAUAUGUAUAAGCUGAAAGGUUGCAUGUGUCACAUGGUUUAUUUUUUAAGAUUGCAAACCACAAAAUCUUUCUUGAAAGGAAGAUAUAUUUGUAUUAUUGUAAAACACUAAUGUAUUUAGGCUUUAUUUAUUUAUAUGUUAAUAACUUAUUUACUAUUUAUUUACAUUUUAUGUACAUUAUGCAAAUAUGUGAACAUUUGAUCUCACGCCUACAUGUCCUUGUUUGAAUCAGGCGUGAAAUUCAGUUCUGUCAGUGACAGGAAUGGUUAUAAGUUUGUUUCAGUGAUAACGAUAUAAUGUGUUAGAAUGUUUUUUGGUCCUGUACUUUGCAUUUUGUCCAAAUGGUAUUAUGUUCGUAAUGUGUAAAA